AGACAAGAAGGUUCCAUCUUGUACACAUCCUGUUUAUCUUGCACCUACUUGCAAUGGUAUCAUCGGAGAACAUCCUAGUUAUACCAGGCCCGGGGUACAGUCAUGUGAGACCAAUGAUCGGUAUAGUGGAUCUCCUAGUUAACCAGUACAAACAUAAUGUGACGUUCUUAGUCCCGGAAACACUUGCAGGACACGAAGGUUUGAGAGAUUUAUCAGGCCAAAUAGUUACCCACGACAAGGAGGGAGAAAUCACAAAAGAAACCGAUAAACUUCAUACUAUUUCAGGAGAAAGAGGCUUUCAAAAUAAGAGCUUUUUUACCUUAGGACCAAAGGUACAGAGCAUGAUGCUAAACAUUUCACAUGCAUAUUUGACAGAUUCUGAUAUUUUCACCAAACUGGAGGGUCAACAUUUUCAGACAGUCAUUUUUGAUGGAUUGCUAUAUUUACCAUCCCUUAUCAUUGCACAUAAAUUAUCAAUUCCAGAGGUUGUUUAUUGUUCAGCAACCUGUCUACCUCACGUGAUUUAUAGACUUCCGUCAGAUUACCUCAGCAUCCCCGAAUUUCCUCUGUUCCCAAUUCCUGAUCCAAGUUCAUUCAUAUCGCGUUUUCAAAGUCUUUUUGUGCGGAUGGGUAUGGUUUUGAUGGGGAUAUUUGGAAAAACUUUUACUUUUCCUGAUGAUGUUGUUCGUAAAUAUGUAUCGAAAUCAAGUGUGGAUGAGUUUUACAGGAAGACAAACUCUUUUAGUUUUUACUUGAUGGACCAGGACGAAAUAAUUGAUUAUCCAAGGCCUUCAAUUCCAAAUAUCGCAUUUGUAGGUGGAUUGUCCUUAUCAAGUACAUUGAAUCUCCUUCCAAACCAGAUUCAACGCCAUAUAGACUCCGCAAAGGACGGAGUAGUCGUUGCAACUUUUGGAAGCAGAUCAAACAUGCCAAUGAAAUUCAAAAGUACUAUAUUUGAAGCUUUUCAAAACAUUCCAGAACUAAAUUUGAUUGCCAACAUAGAUGAGUCCUAUUUCAUGGAAAAGAACAUUCUCACCGUUUCUUGGUUACCUCAAAAUGACGUUCUUGCCAAUAAAAGAGUCAAGGCAUUCAUAACACACUGCGGAAACAGUGGGCAAUAUGAAGCACUGUAUCAUGGAGUACCCAUGAUUGCCAUACCCAUCGCUGGUGAUCAACACUAUAAUGCUGACAGAAUAGUUAUUAAAUCUUUUGGUAUAAAGUUAAAUCACAACACACUUACCCCAGAAGUAAUGGAGAGGAGCAUAAGGGAAGUUGUCUACAAUGAGAAAUAUUCUAAGAAUAUAAGGAUCGCUUCAGAAAUAUACAGAUCGAAGCCACUGAACGCCUCUCAGAGAGCUGCCCACUGGGUACAUCACGUGACCGCCUUUGGAAGUUCUCAUCUUCGUUCCCGAUCUCACUCUUUACCUGACUACCAAUAUUUUGGACUAGACAUUAUACUUUUGUUAUUCAUUUUAUUUCUCUCAGUCAUAUAUUUGUUUGUGUAUGUUUUGAGAAUAAUUUUGAACUACUGUUUUAAAAGGAAACUUAAAACAGAUUGAUUCAACAUACUGUAAAUCACUUUUUAUU